AUGUCGCAAUCUGCCACUCAGCAGUCUGGAGGAGGGGUGCCUUCGCGCACCGCAGCUGCAAAAUUGUCUAGGCCUAUUGGAUGGACUUGCGUUUACCGUAAAUUAACUCGUGGAUGGCCUCGCGAAAGUAGAAAAGAGUUGCGCGACCCGCCCAAAAUACUUGAGCUAGAUAGGGUCGCCAAUGAACAAGUGAAGCGUGUACGUGACAUGACACAUUGCCAAGAUGUUGUUUGUGUUUCAGUAUUGGGGACUGGCAUUUUUUGUGAGGAACCAAACAUUAUUCAUCCGAUUGUUCGCAUUCACACAAUUGACGCUACCACUGGGCACUACUUAAAAGAAAUAAAAGAAAUAAAAAACCCUGGACGCACUGGCCAUCACGGACGAGCAUCAUCAUUGCAGAUUAGCUCUCCUGGUGGUGAUAUUGGGGUGGAUGGAAUCAAUAUCCCCAUUUUAAGCGUUACUCCAGUUUCCACGGCUCCUUGCCACCUUAAGGGCCUGAGUGUUGCGCCCACAUGGAAAGAGACCAGUAUUGUUGGCAUUCCCUAUAGGUGUCUUCUGGAUCCCAAUGUGAUCAUACUUUUUGAAAUUGUUGAUGUCAAUCAUAUUCAAUCCUCCUCGCAACAUCAUGACCAACGUGGAGAUGGAGUUUGCGGUCUAGCUUGGGCGUAUCUACGGCCGGUGGGGAUAAAUGGCGAUGUUUUAAUUAAUACUUCCAAACCUGCUAUGAAUACGAGCACUCUGGAAAGCACAACAAACAAAAGCGGCAAAGAUGUUAAGCAGCAAUCUAUUCAACUUCAGUUGUACAAAUACCAGGCACUCUCGUCGCUAGCGAGCUAUCAAGCGCAUAGGAGGGGCAUCUUCUCUCCGCCAGCACCGGCUACUUCAAAAGUUCCUGCUGUCUACUUACAGUACCUACAAAAGCAUUGGAUUAAACACACCACCACACUUCUUGUUCAGAUCAAUCCCGUCCCACAACAUGAGGGCAGAGUAGUGGCUUUUCAUGAAAAAGGGUUCUUAUGUCGCUCAAGCAUAUCUUCAAAGGGGGGGGCUUGCAUGACAAGUGACGCCAGAAUGCCUGCUGCGCGUCUGCUGAGAGGCCUCCGCACGAGACGCCUCGAAACAGAGUGCUGCGUCCUGCCUGAUUGCUUCCUUUGUCGGAUCAACCCAGGCGCUCGUGGCGCGACGACAAUACAGUUUUCUCCACAGGGGCGACUGCUCGCCGUUGCCGCUGUAGAAUUGCUUUGUCAUCCUAUUCGACUUUAUGACGUGACUGGUAUGGACGAGGGCAUGCUGUCGCCUGGUGUGUCCUCUGCAGCUUCUGCUGCUACUGUAUAUGGCCUACAAGUGGAUCAAAGCCAUGAGGGUGCUCUUCUUGUUGCUGACCUUGAUGGGCAUCAUGGCAUGAUUUAUGAUUUGCGUUUCACCGACAACGAACGUUAUCUCCUCUCUGCAUCUGCGGACGCUCUGGUGAAAGUAUGGGACCUCGGAGCACUUGCAGCCGUCUCAGCUUCCGUCCGUCCUAAAUAUGCACCUCGGAUGCUGUGUAUCUUCCAUGAACCUUCUGCUCAAUUUUUCUAUGCUGCUAUCUUUUUUAUGAAGAACAACUCCGCUACUCGUGCGCUACCGCUCUAUACUCAAUCCAAGGAGGAUGACGGCAAGAACCAUCAGAGAAUAUGUCCGCACGUUCUUACUGGUGCAUUUAAUGGAGCAGUUGCGCAUUGGGAUCCCCGGACAAGUCAAUGCCAAGGCCUUCUUGGUAAUAGAAUAGCACACAAAGGGCGAGUGCAUUGUCUUGAGAGUGAUCGACGAUCUGGUCGAGUCUUCAGUGCUGAUUCAAACGGCAUCAUAUUUGUGUGGCGUUGUGAAAGAGACGGUGAUUAUCCCUCUGACUUCACCAUUAUUCGGAAGAUAGAGCAUCGUGAUUUUAGAAACAAGCCCAUUGUGUCAAUGAUGAUUCGCCCCAGGAGGCGCCGAGUUCAACUUCUUGUCCAGGCUCAAGCAUCAACACUCAAGCUCGUAGAUGUCACUACCUCCCAACCUGUUGCCCAUUUCAAAGGCAACCUUGUGAGAGCAGGAGUGAUAAGAGCUAAGUUCAGUCCAGAUGGCACCUAUGUGCUGGCUGGGUCUGAGGAUGGAAAGGUUUAUGCUUGGGAUACUGUAUCAGCUUCUCCAGUUUCAUUUUUAGAUGGUAAGUUCGGCUACAGUGCACCUCUUUGUGACCUAUCGUUUCAUCCAAAGCAGCAUUUAGUGGCAUUAACCUGUUUUGGCGGUGAUCAUCCAGUACUCGUAUAUUGUACUAAUCGUCCAGACACGCCAAAAUUGCUCGAUGGUCAAGCUGGUUGCGACGCACGUGCUACAAAGGAUCAGCCUAGCGAGAUCAAAGCCCGCCGCAAGGCGUUGUCAUAUCAACUAACAACUGGAAGUAAUUAG